AGAGGGUUGGGCUGGUUGAGACAACAUAGGGGUGGGGCAGGCUGCAGUGAGAACUGCAUGGGGCUUUCAAGGCAGAGCCAGCCCCUGGGUGACUCAUCCCCACCCCAGUACACCUGUCUAGGGGUCUCACAAAGAGAAAGAGGUAAAGCUGGCUGAGGAAAAGCCACAAGGGCAGCCUUCUCUUGAACAACCUCCGCGCUUCUUCCCAAUUUGAACAGACGUGGCAAUUGGUGGAUUAGCUGAAAUGGAUCGCUACAGAUAUUUCAUCUUCAAUCAGAAAAGUAUGGUUCUGUUGGGGCUCCUCCAGAUAGCUUGUGCUACAGUUUGUAUCAUUGGUGGAUUAAUUGAUGGUGCUUUCAGAAGGGACUCGGCACUGAGCAAAUCUAGGAUACCCAUCUGGGCUGGAGUGUUUAUGGCUAUUCCUGGAAUUAUGGCUUUGUUUUCUUCACUGAGAAAGAAUCCCGUUUUGGUGAAUGCAAUGAUAAUUGCGUCUGUAUUUUCCUGCUUCGUCACUCUACUUGUAAUCAUCUAUACUUCUAUAACAUUAGAGUAUGGUGAAAAAUAUGAAGAGUUCAACGAUGUGUCCUCUUACCAUCACCCAGCCAUUGCAUUUGUGCUUGGUAAACUUGUAGAAGGAGCCAACAUCACACUACUGAUUGCAUCGCUUUCAAGUGCUUUUAUUGUGCUGAUUAUUGCUUAUUUGAGUUGCCGAAGUCUUCCAUGUUGUUCAUGCUAUGACAGUGUCACUGGACUUGAACAACUAGAAUCUAAUGAAGACCAGCUACAAAUUGCAGAAUUAGUUUGCAUUCCAUCCGGUCAAGUGGAUACAAUUUUUAACUCUCCUGUAAAACUUUCAGAUUUAGAUAUGGAAGCUGAUGAUGAUAUGUCCAAACCACCUCCAUAUAUCAGAAUGACUUAAAUAUAAAUUCUAGGAGAAGAAGUUUUUUUAAAGCUCUUUAUAACUUAAGAAUGUUACUGAAAAGUUUGUACAAUUCUUAAAAGUUAAGAAAUGACUGACCGCCCCGAAUUGAAGAUCCUCAGAAUUUCAAGACUGGUGUCCUAUUUUCUGUACAGUUAAUAAACUUAAUUCUAUUUUCAUAAAUUUUAAUUUAGCCCCAUGGUGUUUAUUUGACUCAUGCUGUGUAAUAGAAUCUUCAAUAAUAGCAAGAAUCCUUUGAACCAGAAAAAUUGUCAUGGGCAAUAGUCUUCCAAAUGCAAAUUUGCUUGUUCAAAUGGGAAUGGUGUGCAGAAAUCAUAAGAUUCCCGUGCUAGCACAGAAAGCAAAGAAUGGGCAGAUAAAUACUGUGAAUAUUAGCCAAUGCAUUCUACUCCAAUGAUUUCACUAAUGCCCCAUGUUAGAAUUUAUGGAUUGUGUUUUGUAUGGAAUUAGUAUCUCAUUAAAGAGGCAUUAGCUUUCAUAUCCUAUGCUCCAUCUUGCCUAAACUAAAGAAAUCAAUUUGAAAGUGUCCAAUCUUGACCAUUGGUCCUCUUCCGCAGAUUCAU